AUGGACGCCCCAACAGCUGUCCAGCCAGAUCCUACGGCACCUACCCAGAAGCUUUCUCUGCUCCAUGGCCCAUCUGAUCCUCCUCUCGUCGAUCUAACUCUGGGCGAGCUGCUCGAGCUCCAAACCUACCAAUAUGGCACCAAAGAGUGCCUCGUUAUUCCAUGGACAGGCGCACGAUGGACAUAUCACGAACUCAACCAGCAAAGUUCAGCUUUGGCCCAAUCUCUGCUCAAUAUGGGGAUUGGCGUCGGUGAUCGUGUCGGCAUAAUGGCUGGCAACUGCGAGCAAUAUGCUGCAGUUUUCUUUGCCGUCGCCAAGAUCGGUGCCAUCCUCGUCAUCUUGAACAACACUUACACGGCGACCGAAGCAAAGUACGGCCUCACCUUUUCCGAUUGCAAGGUCUUUUUUGUGACUCGUACAAUUGGCCGGACGGACAACACGGCGCUGCUGCAAGAUUUGCACAAUGAAGCUUCUCCCAUCCAGGUUGUGAUCCUGAGGGGGGAGGGCGACAAAUACCCAACGUAUGAUGAGCUCGUCAAGGCCGGUUCUCGACAAAGCCAUGAGAAGCUGUAUAGAGCUAUGAGCAAGGUCCUUCCUCACCAAGUUGUCAAUCUGCAGUUUACAAGCGGCACAACGGGUUUACCAAAGGCAGCAAUGCUAACCCAUCAUAAUCUGGUCAACAAUUCUCGAUUCAUCGGUGACAGAAUGCGCUUGACACAUUCGGACGUCCUGUGCUGUCCGCCGCCGCUCUUCCACUGCUUCGGCCUUGUCCUCGGCCUCCUGGCCAUCGUCACUCACGGCGGUAAGAUUGUCUACCCAGCAGAGGUAUUUGACAUUCCUUCCACACUCAGGGCCAUUUCCGACGAAGAGUGCACUGCUAUCCACGGAGUUCCGGCGAUGUUUGAUUCCUUGUUCCAGGCCGAACCCCCGGCCAACUUCAAGUGCGACAAGCUCCGCACGGGCAUCAUUGCUGGCGCCCCAGUUCCGCGAUAUUUGAUGGAGCUCCUGGUCAACCGCUUUGGUAUGACCGAGUUUACUAGCAGUUAUGGUCUCACGGAAGCUUCACCUACAUGCUUCAAUGCAUUCACGGACGACGCGAUAACAAGGAGAUUGACGACAGUCGGGACACUGAUGCCACACGCGCAGGCCAAGAUUGUUGAUCGCGACGGUAACAUUGUGCCGAUUGGCACUCGAGGCGAGCUUUGUAUGGCUGGAUAUCAGCUACAGGCUGGAUACUGGAACAAUUCGGAAAAGACUAAUGAGACAAUGAUUCGCGACGCGGCGGGAGUGCUAUGGCUACAUACGGGUGAUGAGGCCGUGUUUGAUGAGGAAGGUUAUUGCUCCAUCACGGGAAGAUUCAAAGACAUUAUCAUCAGAGGUGGCGAGAACAUCUAUCCCCUGGAAAUCGAAGAACGCCUCGUGGCCCAUCCUUCCAUUUCUCGCGCCAUCGUCGUCGGCCUCAAAAAUAAGCACUACGGAGAGGUUGUCGGAGCCUUCGUGGAGCUGGGCGACAGCGGCAACAAGUUGACCGACCAGGAAGUCAGAGAUUGGGUUCGCAAGACGCUGGGCAACCACAAAGCCCCGGCGCAUGUGUUUUGGCUGGGCCAGGAUGGCGUGCCUGCGGAUGUGCCUCUGACGGGAAGCGGAAAGAUUCGCAAGUUCGAGAUGGCCAAGCUGGGAGAUGAGAUUUUGAGUAAGCUGGCGAAGACUUCGAAGCUGUAG